AUGAGAAUGUAAGGUUCUUUUAAAAGAUGCUAUGUACCUCCUUCACCUGGCCAACACUAAUGCUUACUUUAAUACCUAUCCCUUUAAAAUAUUAUUGUGUACUGAAGAAUUAAAUUUCUAGCACACCUAAAUCUUGUACAAGGCCUUUGGAGGAAAAAUGUCCCUUUCUCGAGUUGAAAAUCCUUGCUUCCUUCUUUUCUUGGUCAUCUUUCAAGCAAUAUUCAUUUUGAUAUUAUAUCGAGGUGGAGCUUCAAGUGUGUUUCAGGGUUUUUUAGAUGUUUCUCAACCAUUGGACUACUCAAAAACAGAAGAUGUGUAUACAAAUCUCAGCUUGUUUAUCCGUGCUCGUGAUAAAGAAACUAUGCCGUACUGUACACCACAGUCACCAAUAUUUGUUGGACCCUUAACAAUCACCUUUAAUACACUGCCCAGUGAAAGAACAAUCAUCAGCAAAAAUCCUUAUGUCCAGUUAGGUGGGCACUACAGCCCACCCCACUGCCUGGCUCGUUACAAAACGGCAGUCAUUGUACCUCACAGGAACCGUAAAAAACAGCUGCGCCAUUUGCUCUAUUACCUUCAUCCCUUCCUCCAGCGUCAGCAGCUUCACUACCGCAUCUACUUGAUUCACCAGGCUGGAAAUGGUCGGUUUAACCAAGCAAAGCUCCUUAACGUUGGCGUCCGUGAGGCCAUGAAGGAUGAUGACUGGGACUGCCUGCUCCUGCAUAAUGUAGACCUCGUUCCAGAGAACGAUUAUAAUCUCUAUGUUUGUGAUGAAUACUACCCCAAACACAUGUCCAGUGCCAUAGACAAGUUACAGUACAGUUUGCCAUAUUGGUCCUUCUUCGGUGGUGUGUCUGCUUUGACCCCAGUUCACUACAUGAAGAUAAAUGGGUUUCCAAACACCUACUGGGACCGCAGUGGUGUGCAUGAUGACAUUGCGGAAAGGAUUCGAUUAGCAGGAAUGAAAAUAGUUCGGACCCCAUUGCAUCUUGGGCGUUACAAGAUGAUGGACCAUGAACAAAUUACUGGCCAUGAUGAGAAUGUUGAAAGGCCUGUCGUCUUGCACACAAGAACAACAUGGAAGGACGAUGGAAUGAAUUCUCUAGAGUUCAAAGUCUUGGCCAAGAAGCAGCAUCCUCUUUACACUAACAUUACUGUGGAUAUUGGGGACCCACCAAUGCUGCCUCCACUGAGCGAAACGUAG